UUCACAAAUGGAGGUACACGCCCGAGAAACCGGCAGUCUCGGUCAAGCUCCCGCGCGGACUACAUACUCCGUCCGAUCUCGUCGAAUUUCUACUUGGUUCCACGUGUCCUGAGAUUUCGCACUGAUCCCUAAUGAAACGUUCGGAAGAAUCGUCUCCUCGAUCGAACCGGCAGCAAUCAACGACGCGCGCGAAGAGAUUCAUCGGACGCGAUCAUCGGAUCAUCCGCCCGGCAACGAUCCAGCGAAGGACCUUACGCGAAAUCCCCGAGAGAUCGUUCGAUUGAUCUAUCAUCGACCGCGGUGCGAGGCCGGCGAUAAACGGAUUCCUGGAACGAUGGCAUCGCCGAUGCCGAAGACUCGCGAAACGAUACGCGCGGAGAGGACAAGGAACGCGUCGUGAUCUCGACCGAACGGUUAAAUCCUCUAAUGAACCCGUCGGCGAGAAUGGGAGGAAUGAAACGAGAAUCGUUGCCGUGGAGGGAGUGAGAUUUUCUUGAGAGCGGAGCUUUCGUGUCUACUGGCGGUCGGUGGGGUAAAAGCACAGUCGAGCCACGUGCCGCGCGCUUGUCAAAUCGAUGACCACGUUGCAGGCACUUCAGAUAAGGCAACUAGCAUUAGUAUUUCGUUUCCUGUUCGCGUUAAUUUAUUUAUUUAUUUCUUCGUUCCUGGAGGCUCGAGGGGACACUGGGAACGCACACAAGUAUUCGCAAGUAGCAUUCCGCUAGAAAUAACCUUUGACCCUCGUCGGUUCGAAGCCACAGGCUGGUUUCUAUAAAUCGAAUCGAAACUCGUCUCGUCUCGUUUCGAACGAAACGGUCCAGAGUAAUUCCGCGCGAAGAGAAACAGUGGGACACCGGGAGGAGGAGACGAUUGGUGAUCGUUGCAGAGAAUCGUUUAUUCGACCAUUGACAAUGGAAGAUGAAAAUAAUGGCAACGGCGGUAUAUGGGUAUUCGGUUACGGGUCUUUGUGUUGGCAUCCAGGAUUCAAAUAUAAGAGAGGCGUCGUGGGACACGUGAAAGGAUUCAUUAGGCGAUUUUGGCAGGGGAACACCACGCACCGCGGCACUAAUGAGAAUCCCGGGCGCGUGGCUACGCUGAUAAAAGAACAAGAGGGCAUUGUAUACGGUUGCGCGUUCCAAGUCGAAGACAGCGUGGCACUGCCGUAUUUGGAAAACCGCGAAUGCACUUUGGGUGGAUACAUAACAAUAGUUUCGACGUUCUACAGUCGAGAUGGGAGCAAGAGUUUUCCUGUGAUCAUAUACAUCGCCACCAAUAAGAAUCAGCAUUGGCUCGGGGAUGCCCCGCUUCAUCACAUAGCGGAUCAAAUUUUUCAGAGUUCCGGUCCCAGUGGACACAACGUCGAAUACCUUCUACGGUUAGCAGAAUUUAUGCAUCGUUAUUUGCCCGAAGUCUGCGACGAUCAUUUAUUCACAUUAGAGCUGUUGGUGCGGUCGCGGAUAAAGGAACAUAACAUGUGUCUCAGGACAUUAAUGGGUAAUCGAGACUUCGACAUCGUCAUCGAUAACGACGAUGUGGACAUCGAUAACGACGAUGUAGACAUCGACGACGACGACGACGACGACGACGACGAAGACGACGUAGACGUCACCGACGUAGUCAUCGACGACAAAAGCGAUGACAAUGGCGUCACCAAUCUCAGGGAAAAUACGUUCCAAUUUAUAUUAGGGAUAUCUCGUAAAACUUCGCCUUGCCUGAAAAUAUAGUUGGCGGAUAAUGUUAAUUUUGAAAAGACUAUAGGAGCAGCUAGCCCGCAAGACGAGAAACGCGUGUACAAUGAAACGAAAGAGAUAGUAAGAAUUAUGUUUCUCGGAGUUUGUAAAUAUUUAUGAAAAGAAUUUUUAUUGUCCUAAGAGCACAACUGUGAGAAUGUAUUACGGUAAUUUUAUUAAUGAAAAAAGUCACUGGUGUGU